CGGACAAACAACUCGAAUGCGCUUAUCAUAGUUACACGAAUAUUUUGCGUUUUAGAAUAAGUUCGUAGCGCUAGUUUUUUGUAGAGUGUUUAACCAGCAAACAUACAUACAUACAUACAUACAGUGUAAGUGGGCGCAAAUCGACUAAAACGUACACCGAAAUUCGUUUAGAAUAAAGCGAAACGUUACCUUGCAUAUUUCAUUUGCAUUUCAAAAUCAUUUGCCGGCGAUCUUUGACUGAAUCUGGCGAAAAAUGAACUUCUUCAUAAUUGGAUUUCUAAUAAUGCAAGCGGCGAGAUUGGCUUGCGGGACAUGCGUUUUUGAAUCUGAAUUUGGUUUCAUACUCAAUUGUAACUUCAAAAAAUCUGGACUCUUUCGUGUAAGGAAUUUGGGCGGCCUAAAAGCACAUUUUGGUUUAGGUUUCAGUUUAGGCGACGAAUUGGGGUUCGCUGAAUCAUUGGGCAAUGUUGAAGGCGAGCCGGAGCGACGCCGUGCUAUUAGCUAUAAAAAUGGUCCACCGCCCACCGCUACUCCCAGUGUUCCAUCCACUACGCAACUAACGCCCAUACAACACCCGAUUCCGGAUAAACGUAUCGGCGCACGCGCUUCAUCCAACUAUAAUGUCGCCUACAGAGAAAAUCUAAAGCGACAAAUUACGCCCACACAACUAAUGACAGAAGCGCGACCACUACCAUUAGGUGUCCCAGCAUUUCGUCCCAUACCGAAGACAGCUACGGUACCGGUUGCGCAAAUAGCACAACGACGCUCAAAUAUUGCAGUGGAUACGCCCAAUCCGCGAGUUCGUCUCAACAAUAAACUGGUAGAGAGCUAUUCUGAUCCGUUGAAGUCCAAUCGCACAUUCCAUGUCGCCAAUCCAACUGUCUCACAACCACUCGCAGUGCCCGCCUUUCAAGCAAUGCCCAACUCAGUCGCACGUUUAGCAGCGGUGACAAAGUCCAUAACAAGUGCUGAGGACCGUAUUUUGCAUACACAUCCGAAUUAUUUGCAAUUUGAGGAACCGAAAUUCGAUUUGAAGGAUGUAACUGUAGAAGAGUUGGCAGCAGCGGCUAAUGUCACCGUAGACACCAUCAAGCACGCCAUUUAUGUACGCGAGCAACAAAUGAAAGCCGAGCAUCGUGCUAUGUUGGCGGCGAAGUUACGUCAGGAAUUCGUACGUACCUCGACUACUGCGCGAACGACGACGACGACAACAACGACAUCGGCACCUUUGCCUGCCAUCAAAGCGCCGGUAAUGAUGAAUUGGGCACAACCGCAAGAUGCACUUGACAAUCAAAAUAUCAGAGAGAAUGUCGCAUUCGAGAGUAAGAUGUCCAAGGUUAUGAAUGCUCCACGUGAAUACUAUCCAGUUGGUUACGAUAAGAACUUUGACGAUAACUUCAAAUCGAAAGUGGACCUACCACCCACGAGCUUUUCAUGUGGCAAACAAAAACAUUUCCCAGGACUGUACGCCGAUACAGACCUCGGCUGCAUGGUCUUCCAUGUGUGCGCGCUCACCGACGAUGGACUCGUACGCAAAUCUUUCCUCUGUCCGGAGAGUACGCUUUUCGAUCAGACAAUUUUGAAAUGUAAUUGGUGGUUCUAUGUGGACUGCAGUGCAAGCAAAAGCAUUUACGAUUCCAAUAUACCAAUCUCAAAGAGCUAUCAGCUAAUGAAAUCGCUCACAUACUUCUCCAAAUACAAUAAGAAUAGUGACAAUGACGGCGGUGAUAGUGGUUUGGAUAUACAAACACUUAGGGACUCCAUGGCUGAGGAGGAGAAUGAGAGUAAUGCGCGUAACGUCGAUAGUAGCAGCAUAAAGGUGUCGGAUAAGGCGCGCAGCUUUAUUAUACGAGCUGAAGAAACAACUGUCGCACCUGUGGUGUUACAAAACACCGUUAUAAAUCCUACAUUGGAGACCAAACGUGUGCAGCUAACGAACGAGAUAACGCCGACGAAGAGUGACAUCGAGGAGAGCACCACAGUGCAGAUAGUAACACCGCAACCCGUCUAUGAUCGCCUCGCGGAGCUCAAGGCCAAAUUAGAUAGCAUUAAGGCGGCAAGUAGUCAGUUAACAACAACAACGCAGCAAACGAACGAAGCUUGAGGACUAGGGGUGCGUGGGAACGCUACGCAGGGAUUUAAUUUUAGGUUCUCCAAAAGUCGUGUUAAGGUGAAAAAGCGAUUGCUGCCUCUUACCGAUGGGCGAUGCACAUCAAAUGGUAUGGUAAAGUAUUCUACAGAAUGCAUACUCGCUGUACCGAUCAACUAAUGAGUUUCGCCUUAACGCAACUUUUACUUGUACUUAUGUAGUCUGUAGUAAAUACGUUUUUCCUAAAUAGUCAUUGUGCGCAUUCUUUAAAUAUUUUGAGAGAAAAAUGUAGAAAACGGGGGUUCAGGAUUGCGCCAGCUUAGUCCUUAAGUGUUCUGUAUAUUGUAGUUCAAUCUGAGUGUCACGAGUGUGGAGGGGAUCUUCGUCGUGACUUUUUAUGCGAAUGUUAAAUUGUGCAAUUACUUGUAAACUAACUUAUUUAUUGUUCUUGUUUUUGUAAUAAAAAUAUGCUUAUGUACAAUGAGCAUGCAUGAAAGUA